AUGGCGGCGUGUGGGGCAGCGGGGUGUGCGGGCGGGGGUCCAGGCCGGGCGGGGGUCAGGGUGGGCCCGGCCCCGGGACGGGGAUCGGGGCGAGCGGGGGUCGGGACGGUGCUGGUGGUCGCGCUGGCGGUGCUCGGCUCGCUGCAGGUGGCCCGCGGCGCCGGGAGCCCCCGCAGCGAGCCUCUGCUGCAGCCCUACCCCCCCUGGCAGCACGGCCCCCGGCACGGCCACCGGCACGUCAGGGACUGCCAGCCCCGCAAGUACGGCAACGUCACGCACGAAGCGUGGCCCGGCGACAACAGCACGGCCGGCCCGGUGGCUGUCACCAGAACGUUUGUCUCGUACAUCCCCCCGGAGGGCAGCGACCGCAAGGUGGCCUAUGGCCACUUCACUUUCGUGAGGGACCCCCUGAGGACCUUCUCGGUGCUGGAGCCGGGCGGCGCCGGCGGCUGCCUGGCUCAUCGCAGAGCCCCCGUGGAGGAGACUGCAAAGCUCAGGAAGUGUCUGGUGGCCCAGAACGGCGGGUACUUUAGCAUGGAAACUGGAGAGUGCCUUGGGAAUGUUGUGAGCGAUGGGAAGCUGGUGAGAAACUCUGGAGGCCUGCAAAACGCUCAGUUUGGUAUCCGGAAGGAUGGCACCAUGGUGUUCGGAUACCUGUCUGAGGAAGAUGUCCUGGAUCAAUCAAACCCAUUUGUGCAGCUUGUGAGUGGGGUGGUUUGGCUCCUGAGGGAYGGAGAGGUGUACAUCAACCAGAGUCGGGUGGCUGAGUGUGGUGACACUCAAACCACAGGAACCUUCGACAAGUUCAUCAAUGUGAUCUCAGCCAGGACUGCAGUGGGACAYGACAGGCAGGGCCGGCUCGUCUUGGUUCACGUGGAUGGACAGACAGAAUACAGAGGGGUCAACCUGUGGGAAAUGGCAGAAUUCCUGAAGCAGCAGGGAGUCAUCAACGCCAUCAACCUGGACGGUGGAGGCUCUGCCACACUGGUCCUGAACGGGACCCUGGCCAGCUACCCCUCUGAGCACUGCUCCUUUGACAGCAUGUGGCGCUGUCCCCGGAGCAUCUCCACCGUGGUGUGUGURCAUGAGCCGGGCUGUGACCCCCCUGACUGCAGUGGCCAUGGGCUCUGUGUGGCCGGGCACUGCCACUGCGACAGCCACUUCUGGGCCGGUCCUGCCUGUGACACCCUGGACUGCGGCCCUGCCAACUGCAGCCUGCACGGCAUCUGCAGCGCCUCUGGAUGCCUGUGUGACGCCGGCUGGACUGGCAGCAACUGCACUGAUGCUUGUGCUCCUGGUUCCUACGGGGAAUCCUGCAGCCAGAAAUGCCAGUGCCAGCACGGCAGCUCCUGUGAUCCUGUGCAUGGAACCUGCUCCUGCCCCGCGGGCUUCUAUGGCACCAGCUGUGAGCACGAGUGUCCCCUGGGCUGGUUUGGGCCGAGCUGCCAGAGCCGCUGCGCGUGUGACCACUCGUGUCCCUGUGAUCCCGAGACGGGCAGCUGCAACAUCACUCACCAUGGGGCACUGCAGGACCACUUACACAGAGCUGGACAGUGUUUGGCUUCUCAGAAUAAGGAAAGGAGCAAAGAAAAGUUCUCUCUGUCAGAGAGCUCGUGGCUCUCCCUGAGCUGUACCCUGGCCCUGCUGCUGGUGCUGAGCGUCCUGGGGAACGUGGGGCUGGUGCUGAGGGCACGUUCGGGGCAGCAGCACCGUGACUAUUGCUACCACCCACUGARGGACCUCAACGGGGACACCCCUCACACCCCCACCUCUGCUGCCUGGGACCAGGACACGCAGGAGCCCGAGGACACUCAGGAGCCAAACCAAGAGCUCCUUUAGAGUCACAGAUGGGAAGAGAUGAGGUAUUUCACUGUGCACUCCAUACUGCCCCUCAGCACCGAGUGGGACUGGGGUUGUUCCCACUGGAAGCCUCCAACUGCUGCCUGAGGAGCAUCAGCCCAUGAACUCCCCUGCUGAGGCUGUCAUUUCCUUUACUCUGCUGCCCCAGCCCCCAGGAGUGCAGCAUUAGGGGAUGCAGGACAUCCCCUGGGUGAGGGAAUUCCACAGCUGCAGCAGGAAACAGGCUGGUUCCUUCCAAACCGUGAGAGAAACAGGUGAGGGAUGCAAGUCACAGGCACCUCAGAAACAUCCCUGCUCACCUCAGUAUUUUAAAGAUGCAAGACGAACUGCCUCUGGUACAAAGCUGGGCUUGAGGGCGUUACAGUCAAUGUCUGCCCUUCUCUGGGAAGCUGAGAUUUUGAUCAAGUGACAAAAAUUUGUUUAAAACGUUGAAGCAGGUGCCACACCCACUACCAGCAGGGCCCUCUUCUCCUGGCCCCGGUGGUGGCUCAGAGAUGACACUUGGGGUUGUUACAGCUCUCUGCAAGGCUGCAGUGUUUUCUGACCGGUGCCCAGCCCAGAGCAGCCCCAGAGGGUGACAGAUGCUGUUUUAAGGCAGCUCUUGCAGCACAGCACCACAACAAUCCCUGUCAGGUCACACAUUCCAUUCACGUCUCUCCACAUCCCAGGAGUCACUGGCUCUGCCCGGCUCCAUGGGCUGAGGUACCCUGGCACAGCCUGCAGCUCUCCCCGUGGGGAAGGGCACAGACAGGGACAGC